AUCUUUCUCGCGUGACAAUUUGCUCUUGUAACUUAAACAGCUAGUUUUCAACCCCUGUAUAAACAUAUAUACCCCUUUUGCAUCUGUCAAUAAAGAUGUAUAAUCUGGCCAUGUCAGCAGCAAGUAUCCCUCGUCUAACGCUCUCCGGCGGCAACCGUGGCAUGCCAGUAAUCGGCCUGGGCACGGCGGCUGAUUCACCGGGGAAGGACAGCACCAAAGGGGCAGUGAUAGAGGCUAUCAAAGUUGGGUACACACACUUUGAUACAGCUUCAGUGUGUGGAUCCGAAGAGUUUGUUGGAGAAGGCAUAGUUGAAGCGCUUCAGCUUGGCCUCAUCAACUCCAGAGACGACCUCUUCAUCACUUCUAAGCUCUGGUGCAGUGAUAAUCAUCCUCUUCAUGUUAUUCCUGCUUUACAGAGAUCACUUCGGUCUCUGAGAUUAGAAUAUCUGGAUCUCUAUUUGAUCCACUUUCCCCUCAGUGCUAAACCUGGGAAUUUGAAAUUCCCAUUCGACCAAAACGAGGUAGUUCCAUUUGAUAUGAAGGGCGAAUGGGCUGCAAUGGAAGAAUGCAAGAAGAUGGGACUCACAAAAUCCGUUGGAGUCAGUAAUUUCUCCACCAAGAAGCUUCAAAGUCUUCUUUCUUUCGCUACCAUUCCUCCUUCUGUCAAUCAAGUGGAGAUGAAUCCUUGUUGGCAGCAGAAGAAGCUUAGAGAAUUCUGCAAAGCAAAGGGUAUAAUCGUCACUGCAUAUUCUCCUUUAGGAGCCAAAGGAGCAAGUUGGGUUACCAAUGAAGUCUUGGACAAUGAAUUACUAAAAGAGGUUGCUGAUGCUCAUGGCAAGACUGUUGCGCAGGUAUGUCUGAGAUGGUUGCAUGAGCAAGGAGUGAGUUUUGUGGUCAAGAGUUACAAAAAAGGGAGGAUGAAACAAAACUUUCAAGUAUUUGAUUGGUCACUCACUGAAAGUGACUACCAAAAGAUAGCCCAAGUCAAGCAGCAUCGCAUGAAUCACGGUCCUACUACUUCUCUUGAAGAUUUAUUUGAUGGGGAGGCUUAAUUAAUUAUGACCAUAAACCGUUUGUUUUCUGCUAGCCAUUGCAUUUCAAUUAUUGUUAUACGGUUUUUGAGCAUG